AUGUCACUUAUGGGGAUAAGGGCUUUGCAGAAGCUGCCAACUGCAUAUAGAUCUCCUGCGCUCUGCAAAUGGCCGCAGGUGCGCGCAAGAUGUCUUCUCAACGCGCCCGCCACUCCCUCGACCUUGUCUUGGGGGCGACGCUCGUUGAAUACAACGAAAACGUACAGGGCGAACGAAGCUACUCCCGCCGACAAUGAGUCGCAGGAGCAACCGAACGAUCUGGAAAACCCCCAGGAAAAUCCCAUUCGCUCUACUAUCGAUAGCAACUUGCUUCUCAGAAAUGAAUUCGAAACGCAUGGGGACAUCAGAGAAUAUUUACGCGGAUGGCAGAAAGUCAACCCCAACAUCCUGGACCCUGUCCGCAAAACAAGCCCCGGUCAAUUGACGCAACUACCGCCUCAAUCUGUUGGCACCAUGCCAAACGGCCAAGAUGGUGCGGAUGUCUGGGGUGACUCGAACAGACCAAACCGGGAGAGCUUGGACAAGGAAGACUUCGAAGGCGAUCAUCUGGAGCCCGGCGAUCUCGUUGCCAGACUGGGUUCGGAUGGAGUAUUCAAUUACGCGAUCUACGUGCGGUCCGUUCACAAGCAGAAACAAUUCUACAGUGCCACUGGCAAUUGGCGCAUUUGCUCGCCAUUGGAGCUGGAUUAUGCCAUCAAAGGUUUCGCUCCGCCUGAAUUGCUCGAACCUUUGAAGCCUUGGUUCCCGGAUACUGAAGCUAUUGUCAGCACAGAAUUCCAGCUGGCUCCUGAAGGUGGCCUGCCGCGCCCGCUGGGUGCCCCUCUGUUGAAUAUGAUGAACAACUUCAAGACCCAUAUUUUGGCAUUUUAUAGGGAGAACUCCAAGGUUCUGGAUGAUCUUCACAAUCUGGUAGCAGAUGAUUCAGAAGUUCUGUGCUUGACCAUUGAACAGCUGACAAUGAAUGUCCUUGGCAUCGAGGAAUCGGAGUUGACCAGCGUCAACCUGUUUGCUGUUCACCAGGCCGUUCGUCGACAACCUUUCCUCAUCGAAAAAGACACGAGCUCUUUGUUUAGCCGGAUGUAUCUGGUGCAACCGAAAAGGAUUUCUAACAUUGUCACGCAAGUUGUCGACUGGACCCAUGAACACCAGGAACAUUGUGUUCGCAAUAUCAUGGCGAAAGGCUCGCAAAAGUCGAUGAACGAGCACCCGAUGCAGCAGUUCAUCGCCAAGGCACAGCGGUUGAUCCGUCUUAGCAGAAGGAUCCGGUCGCCCACCAUCAUGUCCAGUGUUGGCCCAUCCUCUCAAAGGUUCCUGCCUGGCCAGGACGGAAAUCCAAUGGUGUACCGUGAGAUGCCUACUGAAAAGUUCAAUGCCAAUGAUCAGAUGAUUAUUGAGUAUUUGCAGCUGUACGCAAUUCCUACCACCAUCAUGCCGUCUGGCACCCUGAGAUCAACUGCAACUCACAUCAUGCGAUCAACGGGCAUGUACAAUACUCUUGGUUUGAGUGAGGCCUCAACGCGGCUGCUGCUUCAAGAGCUUGGUGUUAUCGCACCUUGGGAGAACAUGUUCCCCCUUAGCCAAUAUCUGAUGCUUCCAGGCCACGGCGUAUCACUCCAGAAAGAUCUGGAGUUAGAGGAGAUCGAGCAGACAUGUCGUAACCUCAGUGCUGAGCAACUGCCAGAUUCCAUGCAAGACUUGAGAAAGGACUGGGGUGAUCUACCUGUGUAUUGUGUAGACGAUAUAACCGCGCAAGAAAUUGAUGAUGGUAUAUCACUGGAGCCAAUUCCAGGUUCAAACAAUACAUUCUGGAUACAUGUCCACGUUGCCAAUCCAACAGCUUUCAUCAAGCAUGAUGAUCCCAUUAUUCAAUACGCAGGCUCGCGGCUGUUCACUUCCUACCUCCCAGAACGAACUUACCCUAUGCUUCCGAACGAUCUCACGGAGCCUCACUUCAGUUUGGCUGCUGGUCGACCAGUGCUCACGUUCAGUGCCAAGAUGAACUUCCGAGGUCAGAUCUUGGACACCAAAAUCCAAAACGGAACGAUCCGGAAUGUCAUCAAUCUUACGCAUAAGACACUGCGUGACUUCCUCGGUUCUGAUUCAGACGAAAUCAUAAAGCCGUUGGUUGUAGGCGGCGAGUACUCAAGCCCACAGGCACCUGCAGACAAAACAGUCCGAGAGCAUCUGCGCCUAGAGGAGAAAGAGAAUUUCCACAUCUUGCGUCAGCUCAUGCUUGCAUUCCACAAAGCCCGCAAGGCCAACGGCGCUAUGAACUCCACCCCUCUCGCCCCAGCACUCUCCGUCUCGGUCCAGGCAGGCACAGACAAAAUGCAACCUUACGAGCUGCAAGCCCAAGAAGGAAGGUACUAUCUUGGUGACCCAAUCAUCCGCCUCGACGUCCAUGACGAGUAUGAUCCGUACGAAGUUCGCGAUGAAUCCAGAGAUAAUUUGAUCGCCCUAGUCAUGAACCUGGCCGGACACGUUGCUGGCGAGUUCUGUGCCGCCCGCAAUAUCCCCGCUAUCUACGAUGGAACUUGGUACGACCCCGAAUACGGACGUGUCACCAACAAGAACAUCAAUACUUUCGGCGGCGAGGGCUUCUUCGAACUUAGUGCCCCAUUGGCUCACUCCUCUACCACCCCGAUUUACCACCACCCUCUAGGUCUGCAGACCUACCUCAAGAGCACGAGUCCGCUGCGCCGGUACACUGAUAUCAUCGCGCACUACCAGAUCGAAGCCGCGCUGCGCUUUGAACACGAGCACGGCAGGAAGUUCGACGCUCUCAAGGACAGUCCCGACCCCGAGAUUGAUCUCGCGCAGAGCGAGUCCGAUCCUGAUCUAUCCAUCGACACCCCCUCCACUCCACCUUCUAUCCUCCCCUUCUCCAAAUCCGCCCUCGACGCCUACCUCUUCCAAAUACAACCUCUCCGCGCGCACCUCCGCUACCUAGACAGCUACUCUUCCCAGCAUUGGGCCUGCAUGCUUCUUUUCCGCGCUUACUAUUUCGCGGAAUGUCCUCUCCCAGCCACGUUCCCCUGUCUGCUACGCACACCCCGUGCCAAACCCAGACAUCUGGAUCCAGAGUAUGCCGGUGUCAUCACCAACCUUGGUGUGAAUUGCGCCGUUACCAUCCCGGCGGACUUCCCGGAUAAAGACAAAUUGGACAUUUUCUGUCUAGUUGAGGCUCGUAUCACGGCGGUUGAUAUGGCUACUUACCAGGUUACGCUUGAGGCGACCCGGUUUGUUAAGCCGUUCGAGAGAACGGGUGAGUGGGCUUGA